CCUUGCAGCAAUGGCGCUCGCGUGGCUGCAUGAGUUAAUUCAGCGAGUUCAUUAUGGUGAAGAUGAUCUUUACCAAAUAUGUAAUCAAAUUUUCAGACAAGUCAGUUCCCUGACUGAACUUGGUAUGUGUCUGCACAAGCAUUAAGGUGGACAUGAAAUCUCUGGAGAGACCAGAGGACUGCAGUUUAAGGGUUUGAAUGUUCUACUCCCACAAAAAUGGAAUGCCUAAGAGCCUUCCUCCAAGCUGAACAGGAGCCUUAGUUUAAGGUAGCAGUGGGAACAUGGAAGAGACUAAUGCUUGAAAGCCACAGUACUGGGAGACUCCAUUAAUCCCCCUCCCACUUUUCUCUCCUGUUGUAGCCUUUCACAUUAAGUUAAGGCAAGUGAUGCUGCUCAGAGCAACAAUUCAGUGAAUGCACGUGAAAUAAGAACUGGAGAUUAGGUCUAGUUCAGGAAAGACAGAGAAAAAUAUCCUUAACAUUCUCUUUUCCUUUAGAUAAAGAAAGCUGGAAAAAUCCUCUACAGUAAUGCAAGCAAAGAACUAUAUACAUUAAAAGGAGGCAAUCAAAAGAGUUAUUUGCUUGCAGGUGGCAUGUAAUUGUUUAGUACGAGCUGAAGCCAUCCCUCUAUUUCUUUUGAAAGAGGUGUUUCAUGACUGGUACUAAUAACUGAAUGCAGGGUAAAGGGAGCCGUAAAGGCAGAUGUUAGCAGGGGAAAAAACCCUGUGAUACCUCUGCUGUGGUCACUUCCUGGAUCGCUUUUUAUACUGACCAUGGUUCUUGGUUCAUAGUUCUGACUCCUUUCUCAAGCUUGAAGAGACAUUCUACUUCUGUAAGUAACCAAGCAACAGAAAAAAGGCAAGAUUUUGUAGCUUAAGAAACAAACUGAACUACACGGGAAAAAUAUAUACCUGAGGAUCCACUGCAACUAGCAUUAAAAGAGGUUUAGUAAGGAAGAGCCUUUCUCAGAAAGCGAUCUGUAAGGACUCUUCCUUUAGCUUGCUAAGCAACACAAAAAGCCAAAACCACUACCAUGCACCACAGUGCUACUACACAGAUCUUCUCUGUAUACAUAUGACAGAGCAAUCUAAAUGCUCUUCACUGAGGAAGGACAUGGCUGCUCGCUAGGAUUAGUCAAAGUUCUGUAAGAAGGAAAAAGAAAGCAGCUUUAAGUUAAAAGUCCUGUGCAUAAAUUGAUGCGGGAAUGGCCGUGUAAGAGCCGUACUUCAGGAGUCUUUUAAGAGGUGGAACUAGGAUAAAAGAAACCACCUCGUUGCUUGUUAACUCACCAAGCAGCCAGUUUGCAGGGGGUAUUAUCCUCCGGUUGUACUCGCAGGAGGCGAGCGGGACGCGGCCGCGCCGAGCUCUGUGCGCGUGGGGGUGCUGGGCCGAGGUGGAGGGAGGAGGAGGAGGCCGGGAGGAGGGGGCUGCUGCCACAGGAAGGCCCGAGGCACGCGUGACCCCGCGGAAGAGAGGCCGCGGGACCGCUAGCUGCUGCGGCGGCCAGGCGGUGCUGCCACGAGCCGGCUUCGGCGAGCCAGCUGGAACCGUACGGGCCGGGCGCUUGCAGGAUGCUCCUGGCUGGCUGCGGGGCGGGGUCACCGCCGCGCCGGGCCGGUCCCACUCGAACGGUCGGGCGCUAGGUGGCCGGUGCUAGGCGGGGCAGGCGAGCGGACCGCCUCUGCCAGGCUGCGCCUUUGCCCGGGGAUGCUCGGGGAGGGGGGCGGAUCGGCUUCUUCCUGGGCUCCUCCCGCUGCCCCGGCCACGUCUGAAAGCGGCUCAUUGUCUCUGUCGGCAGCUCGGAGCCGCGGCGGUGGCAGGAGGCGGCGAGAAGCUUUUCUCGUUGCCCUUCCUCGGUGAGAAUGGCAAGGAUUCGGAUUCCUAGCACAAUUGUUAUAAUUUUUGUUACAGUUCAGACUGGAUUCUUACUCUUCAUGUAUGCCCGGUAUAGUAGCUUCAUGCCUCAGUCUGAGGAAAAACCAUCACAAGUCCACAUACUUAUUCUCUCCUCUUGGCGGUCAGGAUCUUCUUUUGUCGGUCAACUUUUCAGCCAGCAUCCCAGCGUCUUCUACCUGAUGGAACCUGCAUGGCACGUGUGGGUUACAAUGUACCAGAACAGCGCCAAAGUCUUACACAUGGCAGUGCGGGACUUAGUCAGGUCGGUCUUUCUGUGUGACAUGUCCGUGUUUGAUGCUUACAUGCCUUGGAAAAGAAACCUAUCUGAUCUUUUCCAGUGGGCAGCGAGUCGGGCUCUGUGUUCAGCUCCUGCUUGUGACUCUUUUCAACGUACUGACAUAAUGAGUGAAAUGGCAUGCAAGACUCUUUGUGGACGGUAUCCAUUCAGCAAGGUGGAGGAAGCCUGUAAAACUUACAGCCACGUUGUCAUCAAGGAAGUUCGAUUCUUUGACUUGAAGGUCUUAUACCCCCUUCUCACUGAUCCAUCCCUGAAUCUCAAAAUUAUUCACCUGGUCCGUGACCCCAGGGCAGUCGUUAAGUCACGGGAACAAUCAGUCAAAGCAUUAGCCCGUGACAAUGGAAUCGUCUUGAGUACCAAUGGCACUAAAGUGGAAGACAGCAAAUACAAAGUAAUGCAAGAGGUUUGUAGAAGUCACGUUCAGAUUUAUGAAACGGCUACUCUUAAACCACCUAAUUUUCUGAAAGAUCGCUAUUUAAUGGUCCGUUUUGAAGACCUGGUAAGAGAUCCAUUAUCAGAAAUCUCAGAAAUGUAUAAGUUCGCAGAUCUUAGUUUGACUCCCCGGCUCAAAAGCUGGAUCUAUAAUAUCACACAUGGACAGGGACCAGGAAAAAAAAAAGAAGCCUUCAAAAUAACAUCUCGAGAUGCAGUUAGUGUUUCACAGGCCUGGAGAAAUGUUCUUUCCUUUCAGAAAGUUGAGAAAAUACAGGAAGUUUGCAAAGGUGCUAUAAACAUUCUUGGUUAUCAGCUGGUGGAUUCAGAAAAAGAACAAAGAGAUCUGACAUUGGAUUUGGUGUUGCCAAGACGACAAAAUCAAUUCAGUUGGUCAUCGUUUAAUCCAAAGCACUGAGACAUUUUUGAGAGAUCUGGGGAGGUGGGACAGGGUAGAUGUUUGAAAAUUUCUCUCCUGUGCAGCAUACAGUAGAUGGAAAAUCCUUGGCUGAUGACUUCAACUAUCUUUUCAUCUACUCUUUUUCUGUUAAUGUAGGAAGGUUUUUUUCCUGAGUUUUUUAGAUAAAAAGAAAAGACAGCAAGAUACUUGUCAGCCUGUAAAUGUGCUGCUCACAGCUUUGUUAUAUGAAUAUAAUUUAAGCACUUUCUAUUAAAAGAUGGAUUUUCAAA